UCUUCCAUUCGAUGGACGACCAUGUUCUGUGUGUAUGCGCAUUCUCAGUGUUGUUCCUACUGCAGUGACCACCAGUUUCCUGAAAGGAUUGAGAAAGGGCAGGAACAAACCGGCAUAUGCGCAGAGGACAGACACGUCGAGACGAAUGUUGAUGCAUGAUGCAUUCACAUUGGCACCAAGUGUCCUUCAUGUGUCGCGUCUAUGCAAAGCUGUGUACGGUGCCUUUCUCCCGCUAGCACUCAACAGUCGACCCUCCUCCUUUACGGCAUCCGUGCUGCACCCGCGGAAAGAGUAUCUACUGACGCCUCAACGCGCGUCAGAUUCUAAUUUUGAAGUCGGAAUGGUUCUCUUGUCUUCUUUGCAAGCCCAUAACUAAAGGAAAGCUGCGUGGUCAACACAACUGCUUCUUCCGUCCGUUCUCGCGAUGGCGAGUUGCGUCAUGCGCACAACAUCGGCGGCGCGGCCGGUGCCGUCCUUCCUCGAAGAAUUGUUCCGGGGAGUUGUCGAGGGAAAAUCGUCGCUUCUGCGGGGGCAUUUCUCACGUAGAGGCACUGAUACUUUCAGGCUCCCUCAUAUCCAAUUCGGGGAACCCCCGACAGGAGCCGCACGCCUUGCGACGAAACUGACUCGCAGCGCGAAGGCUGCGUCGAACUCUUGCGGUGCCCGAGAAGCCACUGACGAUGUGAUGAUUUGGGAGGGUCGACGAUGCCACUCUUUGAUGAAUCGUUUCCGGUCCGACAGCCUCACCGUCGACAGUCCCGUCGGACGCUCACCGCCUCGUCCUCGGCUGGGCAAGCGUGCUCUCCAGAGUCAAGCCGGGCAUUGUACCAGACGGCGUUCUACCACUGAGGCACCUCAAAAAUGCACAGUCGCAUCUUCAGAUGGACAACAACGUGUAACCGCAGCUCCCCUUAAUUCCACCGGUUGCAGUUCUUUUGGACACCACGCGUGGGUACGCCGAUGUUGGUCCGUUGUCUGUAACUCUUCGACUGCCUCUCCUUUGGGAGUAGUCAGUCAUUUUGGGGCAUUUCCGCUUCGCCUUUUUUCCAGCGCCACAAAGCAAACCGGAACGCAGAUCUCGAGGGCGGUGGGCGAAGCUUUUUCGGCGCCAGUGGCGACAAAUGAGGCAUCUCAGAAGAAAGAUUCCAACAAGUUGGGGGGAAAAGAGCGACUCACCCAGUCUGAACGCUCCAGGAAAUAUUCUGUUUCUGCAGGCCAGCUCGGGUGCACGCCAAGACAUUUUAACUUGAAUAGCUGGUCUGGAGGUGACACGGUCAAGUCUUUGGCUGCCGCCGAGCAGUGGGAACCUUCGCCUCUGACUCUGAAACAGCAUCAGCAAGUCGUCGUUUGGAAGAAGGACAGAACGUGCAUUUUGUGCAAGAAGGAGGUCCAAGGAGGGAAUGUUGAGAAAGUCGAGACUGCGUGCGAAAAGGCCUGGCGGUUCCUCUCCGGCUAUUCUAGAAGCGCUCACGUUUGCCCUAUUCUUCCGCAAAUGCGAAUCCUGCGAUAUGGCGAGCUACCUCUGCGAGAUCGUGCGAAGUUCGAUGCCAAGCUGCGCAGAGAAUGAUACUCCCGCAAGUGCAAGGACUGCUUGUGCAGUGGCGCGGUCUCUACAUGUUUAUUUGCUUGUUUGUCAGCACCGUUGCGUGGAAGGACAACGUGAGGGAAGUCUUCCUGCAACCGCAUGAACUUCUAACAUUUCUUCGUGGGAGAGGCGACAGGAAAGUCUUGAUCAGGUUUCCAUCUAGGGUGUCUUACGGAACCGUACGGGAAAGGGUGCCCAAUCAGUAGUACUCCUCUGAUGGGAAGUCUGACUAAAAGUCCUAAGCCUUCAACUUGUGAGAGCUAUGCUGGUGAACCUUGGGGGAUGUGUGAUACUCUCCGAACUCUCACCAACCCAAGCAUGGGCUGUUUUCCCGGUUGCGAACGCAGGCAACUUCGAUUAUCAGUGGCCUCCGGCAGAUACGCAGGACAGGAGUCUGCCGUGAAUGCGGAGCUCGUCGUACAUGAGUAACCUGCCCAGGAACACAAUUUCAACCUUUUACAGCACUAAAUCCCUGUGAGGAAAGCAUCAUGCAGGUGUCAAGAGCUGCCAGG